ACACUGAAUGUUCUAACUGUGUUUGUGCGCGACUAUUUUUUUGGUCGCUAUUUUUAACAAAUAAACUGGAGAACGGCGAUCGAACGGCUUUCGCAAAUAGUUUAAGUCUGCUCGAUCAGGAGUUUGUCCAUAAUGUCGGCUGUGAUAUCGAGUUGUUCGUAAAGAAGCGCCUGAGUAGUGGCGUGCUGCUCUUCCCACCUGUGGGCAAUUACCGCCGUUAUCUCAUCCAUCAAACAUGUGAGAACUACCGCCAGCAGUACGAUCUGUUCACCUUCUCAGUGGGACAAGGAGCGCUGCGGCGCACCGUCUUAUGUUUUCGCAAUCAGCUCCUCGAUCCGCACGGCUUUGAGGCUCGCAAGCAGCAGCAGCAGAGAGAGAAGGAGCGCGAAAAGCACCAGCACCAACAGCAGCAGCAGCGGGAGCGAGAGGCAGCCAGGCGAAGCUGGCGGAGCAACGCCAACGCCACCGUUAACGGCAACAACAAUUCGCACGUCGACGCUCACAACGGCAGAAGCAGCAGCGCCAGCCGAAGACACAUAACGGAGCUCUGUAAAAUGGGCGUUAAGAAGCAUAUCAGCGAAACACCAUUAAGCAAAUCAAACUCAGUGGAUUUAUACAGACCUCCAGCACUGAGAAACAGUAGUAAUAAUAACAACAAUAGCAGCAGCGAAGAAGCAGCUGCAACGAAUGAAGCAACAAAUACAACAAGCACUACUACAAUAAAAAAAAUAGCUGCAGGCCCAGCAACAACAACUGCAUCUACAACUCCUACCUCGAAAGAAUCCCCGAACAGAGAGCAACAGGCGGCGGACACCUCUGCAGCAGCAGCAGCGGCGGCAGCAGCAGCAGCGACUCGUCGUGAACGCCGUCCCGAUCGCGCCGUUUAUGUGCCAAGGGCACGUCGCAGUCAAACCACACCACCGACCGCAACAACAACGCUUACAGCAGCAGCAGCUACAACUACAACAGCAGCAGCAAUGGCGCCAGCACCAGUACCAGCGGCAGCAGCAAUUACAACAUCACCAACGACAGCCGCUCUGCCGGCUGUGGAAUCACCGCCAGUCGCAGAAAUGAACUCGUCCAAAGCAGACGAAGGUACUAACGGUCAGCAGCCUAAAUCGAAGAAAUCCAGGUCGCAUCGCGAUCGCAGGGAACGCGGCAAGAAAUCGGCAGCGGAAAAGUCCACUGUGCUUGUAAUAGCAGGAACUGAAAACGACUCUGAAUCAAACCAAGACAACCGACCGGCCAAGCCAGUGGACUGUGAUAAGGAGAUCAUCAUGAGCGGCGCCCAGCGUACAAAGCCAGGCAGUGGCCAUAAUAAAUCAGCCAGCAAUGGCAAACAACAGACAUCCCCGUCAUUGCGCAUUGAGGAUGUGGCCGUGGCCAGGACCACCAAUGGCGAGGAAGCGGCCAAAUGUGAUAACGAUGUGCGCGAGCUGCAACGAGCCUCAAAGGAAAUCAACCGCAGCAAUCGACGCAUCAUGAAACAAACCUUCGACUCGGAUGUGCUGGAGAUUCCAGAGAAGAUCGAGACAGGGCCCAAGGCAAACCCAUUAGCAAUAUCCUCAGCGAAACCACCUGCAGACAGCACCACCGAAGACGAUGACGAGGAGGACGAGGAUGACUGGGAGAAUAUGUUUGAUGAGAGCGGCGACUGUUUGGAUCCCAAGAUACUCCAAGAACUGAACGAGUCCGUGGGCAAGUGCAAGAUAGAACUGCCUAAAAUGGAUUACACCCUCUUUCACAUCAAACAACAAUUGCUCAACGAGGAAGAGUUCCCCCACGUCCUGGAGGUGUCCAAUUUCCCGGUAGAGUUCAAAACUCCUGACCUGCUCAUGCUGUUCUCCCAGUACAAAGGCAGUGGCUUCGACAUCAAAUGGGUCGACGAUACUCAUGCCCUGGCUGUCUUUAGCAGUUCCCGCAUCGCUGCUGAAGUCCUGACAAUGGGGCAUCCGUUUGUCAAGUUGAAGCCACUGGCCGAGGCCACACUAGAGUCGCGACUGAAGGCCAAGAAGUCGGGGGCUACCUCGCUGCAGCCCUAUCGCCAGCGUCCGGAAACGUGCACAGCCCUGGCCCGGCGUCUAGUGUCCGGUGCUUUGGGAGUUAAGCUGCCAACGGCGCCGCAGGAGCGAGAGAACGAAAGGCGCGUACUACGUGAAGCCAAAGAACGUAAACUGUUAGCUGCCAAACAGCGGGACGAGGUCUGGGAGAGCUAGACUGUCGCGAAAGCGGAAGCGGAAGGCUAGGUGCAUUUUUUCUCACAUGCGCAACGCAUGCCCCCCAAUAACUGCAACAGCAACAACCACAUGAAGAUCAACUGGAACAACUUACCAACCAUGAAAAACCCACAAAAAUACACUUUCUCAAUCAAAGCUAGCAAACUAAGAGAGUAAUUUGCAUGCCAAGCAAUGAAUGUACUUUAAAUGUUCGCUUUUUGUGCAAUUAACACAGAUUUUUGCUCAAUUUGUUGUAGGUUUUAGCAGCGGAUGCAUUGAUGUAAUAUUAUGCAUAAUAUAUCGUCUUAGGCCGUAAGAGAGAAGUAUUUAUUGGUCGUAGAAAAUAAACAUGCAUCUGCGUG